AUGCCGCUGAAAUUGGCCAAAUCAGGGAGUCGGAGGAGUGGUGGCAUUUUCAACUCCCACGUACAACAUAGAUCUAAACGAAGCGUAAUUGUCAUUGUUACCGGCUUUACGGAGAGGCUAAGAAAAGUAUUUUUGGACGGCUUUACAGAUAAUUUCCGUGUUGUUCGAAAAAAUAUUGAUUCCGAAUAUGAUCAAUAUUUGACAUAUAAUCAAUUAGUAGAAAACCGAACCGUUAAGAGCGAGGAGAAAGAACGGAAAUGUCGCCGAGGCGUGAUCAAGGUGAUGUUUAUGUUUCACACGGGUGUCCCCGCCUGGAUUUCCUUUUCUGUGCUACUCCCUCGGCUUACGAGCAUCAGGAGCCUCGCCCUCCAACCCUGUUUCAAGCUAGAUGGAGCCUGUACAUGUUGCGCAGUGACCAAAAAACGAUAUUUUCGGCUCUCGGCUCGGUUGAAACGACCCGCUAGCCGGAUAACCAAUCGACAGAUACAUCUAUUCCCAUCUGGCAGGCGGUACCUGAGGAACCAUCGUCCACGGCGUAACUUGCAACCACUUUGCCUUGACGCGUAUUCCGGAAAGUCUGCGUCAUUGGCUCUCAUCUGUGCUUGCAGGGUCAGUCGUCUCCAGACUGAUCUCUCCGUAUAUACGCUUCUUCGAUCUCACGGACUUGUCUUUUUCGUCGCGUUCGAGACACAGCGCGGAACGGCUCUAAGCGGCAUCGCAUUGAUCUUGAAGCACCAAAGUUUCUAUGUCCCCAAAUGGUUGUCCCUUGAGCUUUAUGCCCUCGGAUGGCCCCACAACAAGCCAGCCCUGAAAUGCAAUAGUUAA